CGUUUCCAUUCAUGACUCGUACCCGAGUAUUGUUAGAAGUCAACGACAGAGAGAUGGAGAAACCACCCCAGGCCGGGACAAGAAAACACGUGAGGAAAAGGAUAAAGAAGAAGAAUUUGUGAUUUCAAGCCCAAAGCUAUUGUCUAGGACGACAAGCCGGGUCGCCCCGACAUUGUCGAAAAGCUCCAGCGCAGGACGGCCUAAUCCUAUAGAUUUGUAUGCACAUAUGCAGAGAUCAGCCUCUGUUUCUAGCACCACCAGCCCCACGGCUUUUCUUUCGAAAACGUUGAGCCAAAGAAAUAUAAAUAUGGCCGCGGCAUGGAGAAAGCCACCACCUUUGGAGAAGAAGCUUGAAUGCACCCUUGAGGAGCUUUGCUUUGGAUGUACCAAAGAGGUCAGAAUCACAAGGGAAAUCGACUCAAAUGCAGGGCUAAUUUUUCAAGAAGAGGAAUAUGUGACAAUCAAGGUGAAGCCGGGGUGGAGAAGAGGAACGAAGAUUACAUUCGAAAGCAAGGGCGACGAGAGAGGAGGAACCCUCCCAGAAGACAUUAUCUUUCUGAUCGAGGAGAAGAAGCACCCGUUGUUCAAGAGAGAAGGAGAUGAUUUGGAGUUAGGGGUUGAAGUCCCUUUAGUCCAAGCUCUCACAGGAUGUAUUGUACAGGUACCCACAUUAGGAGGAAAGGAUGUGGUGACUUUAAACAUGGAAGAUGAGAUCAUCUAUCCCGGGUUUGAGAAAACUAUCCCUGGACAAGGCAUGCCUAAAUACAAGGAUGGUCAAAAAGGUGAUCAUCAGAGAGGAGACCUUCGGGUCAGAUUUCGAGUUGUUUUUCCAGAAAUGUUGAGUGAAGAGCAAAGGUCACAAAUUUUCAGUAUACUGAAAGAUGUGUAAGUUUCAAAGUUUUGUUACCUUGGUAUAAAUCUGCCUGGGAUCAAAAUUCAUAUGCACAUUAAGCAUGUUUUUCUAGUUUUGCUUGGAACUUGACAUAACAUCUCAGUCCCUGGUUUGGAAAACAAAACUAGACAGAUAAACAAAGAUAAAAAACUGAACAAGUUACAAAUAUGUAAGAUUCAGAAGAGGACUAGUAUAAAAACUAAAGUAAAACUGUUACGGAAUCACAAUUCUGCAACCUAUUGAAUAAAAACGCACACGACUUAUUAUUAUUUUUUGUAGAUAAAUGAAUAUAAUGAGGGGUAUCAAUUAUGCGUAUGGAGACUAUUAAAAACUCAAGGUAAACAAAUAUAAAGAAGAAGAUGAAAUGGAGUGGAAUAUGAAAUCUGUAUAUUGAGUAAUGAGUAAU